AGGUACUGUAAUAAUAAAAUAAAAAAACUUUUGGUACAUCAUCAUCCUACAAAUAUUAAUGUUGUCAGGUUUAUUCCAGUGUUCUAUAGGAGUAAUAUAUAUUCUGCAUUACGCAUCGAAUUUACUGCUUGCUAUUCUAAUGAGAUUUUCUCACCUGAACAGACAUGUGCAGGUUCAGUAAUUCUUACGGACAUUGUCUUUUGGUUCAUUAUACUACCCUACUCGUCAAAUUCACAUCUUCAGCUAAACCUGUUGAUGGGUGGUAUGCAUUCUCUCAACAUUAUUUUUCUUCUGAUUGAUACCUGUCUCAAUAGCCUGCCAUUACCUUGGUCGGGGCUUGCAUAUUUUGUGUUGUGGAGCUGCUGCUAUGUCAUUUUUCAGUGGCUUAUCCAUGCCUGCGGUUUAAUUUGGUGGCCCUACCCCUUUUUGGAACUUUCAACGCCGUGGGCUCCUCUAUGGUACUUUUGCUUGGCGGUGUUUCACUUGCCUUGCUAUGGAAUUUAUUGGUUGCUUGUGGCCUUCAAAAACUCAACUUUCUCUACAUUGUUCCCCCAAGCGUUUGUAAGACACUCCUGCUAGAAUGGGAGCCAGUAUUGAGGCGGAUCAAGAAUUUGAAUUUUAUGAGUUUAAAUUCGUGAUUCUACCAUAUCUUAUAUAAUUUAAUGAGUGCAAAAUUUAUUAUUUAUACUUAUUUAAUAAUUCUUUUAGCAAAAAUAUAGGAUAUGAGCAAAAACUAUGGGUUCAAGUGAACCCAUAGGCUCUACACUGGAUAAGCCCCGAGUGUUUGGACUUUUAAUUAGUGCGUGAUUGAAAUAUUGUGUUAAUUUAAAGAACCUUUACUGUUUUUCUUUUCUUGUCAAAAUCUAUUUUUCUGGUGGCGAGUUAAUCUACA